GCACGAUCGCCCUCCAAGAAGCUUGACAAUGGCAGACAUUGAACAAGGCAAGCCAGACAUUCAAACAAUCGAGUACAUGGAAACGGCCGAAACCAAGGUGGAGGCGCACAUAGUGCCAGUAGCUGAGGACGUCCAGGCUCGCAUCCGUCGCAAGUUCGACAAGAAAAUGCUGUCAAUCGUGUGCCUCCUGUAUGUCCUUUCGUAUCUCGACCGAGGCAAUAUCGGAAAUGCGAAGACUGCCGGAAUCCUAAAGGACCUCCAUCUCUCUGACAACGACUGGGGUGCUGCAGCUAUGUUGACUGGCGCCUCCCACAAUGAAGCUGGUCUUAUGACCGCUCGCGCGUUCUUAGGGUUCUUCGAAGCAGCUUUUAGAGCUGGUGCACCGUACUUUCUAUCGCUCUUCUACCAACGCCGGGAGUUAGGCAAGCGUGUGGCUCUCCUGACAGGCAUGUCGCCAUUAGCGAACUGUUUCGCUUUAUCGCUGGCGUACGGCAUCCUCCAUAUCAAGGCAUCGAUAGCUCCAUGGCGACUGCUCUUCCUGAUUGAGGGAGCGCCAACUGUAUUAUGCGCAGUUCUUGUCUAUUGCUGUCUCCCCGAUUCUCUAGAUACCGCGCACUUCCUGACCGACGAAGAGAAGUUGCAGGCUCGUCAGCGACUUGCCACUGUUGAUCGGACAGAGAAGUCGAAAGUGAGCUGGACGCAGGUCUUUGCUGGCCUGACAGACUACCAGAACUGGGUUCAUGCUACGAUACACUUCUGCUGCAACUACUCAUUCGCUGCUUUGUCGAACUUCUUGCCGACGAUCGUCCGCGAUAUGGGCUACAGUUCGGUCAACGCACAAGGCUUGACAGCGCCUGCCUACUUUCUCGCCUUCUUGUGCUGUAUGUUCGCUGCCUGGGGCUCUGACAGGUUUGGUAAGCGAGGUUGGUUUGUCGCUGGUUUUGCAGCCAUGGGUACCGUAGGCUACCUGAUGUUGGCAGCGAUUCAAGACGAGACCAAGACAGGACCUUGUUACGCGGCUAUCUACCUCGCGACAUGCGGCAUCUUCCCUGCGUUGGCCAUCAACAUUACCUGGCUGCUUAACAAUCAGGGUGGCGAUUCGAAGAGAGGCGCGGGUCUCGGUAUCCUGGCAACGUUUGGACAGUGCUCGUCUUUCGUCAGCAGCACUCUGUUCCUAUCUCGUGACGGGCUAUUCUACGUUACAGGUUGCGCUGUUGGAGGUGCUUUCAGUGAGUUAGGGGUGAACCGCAAGCGCGAUCGCCUGUACGGCGAGGUAGACACGGACGCGCACGUGAAUGUGACUGAUAGCGGAGACAAGAACGUCAAGUUCCGUUAUCUCACUUAG